AUGCAACUGAAUUACCUGAAAGGAGCUCGGCUUUCCGAAACAAGCACUGUUAAGAUGCUAUCAGUGUUGAAGUACCUUAACACACAGUAUCCCCCGUUAUUUCAGGCGUUAGCCCAGUGUCAUGUUAUUUUGGGUCUGAUAAUGCUGAUCUUGUCAACGUUAGCUGAUUACGUAAGCAGCCGAAUAAACACCAUACGAAUGUACGGAUUAGAGGAGUGCUGCUCAUUCUACUUCAUUGUUACCGGUCUAGUGGGUUUAUGCGGUGCAGCCUCAUAUAGAAGAGGGCUAGUGAUCACUUUUCUUGUCAUGUCGAUUCAUGCAAUCAUCAUUUUUGUGCCAGCUAUUAUAAUCGUGUCUAGCUUCGACAUUCACUUUUACCAGCAUGAAUGCUGGGGCGAAUGUGAUUGGCAUUUAUUGGCGACAUCACUACCUCGGAACAGUCGCUGUCAGAUCAUGUGUGGCGAUCAUGUAGACGACAAUAUGAGAGUCUCAAUGACUCGUCUGGGUACCGAUUAUCGACUAGACGCCGGUCUCAUAGCGGCUGCGAUUCUGGAAUUAUUGUUAGCGUUGGCAACAACAAUAAUUUCUUCACGAACGAUUUGCAGUACGGUGCGGGUGAGACUUUCCAUCUAUUGA